AUGUAUGGCAUGAACGCAAACUACGACGCCACGGCGAAUAGCCAUGGCGUCCCUCUCACAACUCGAAAUCCAACUCAUGAGGAUGACAUCGAGGCUGCCGUCAACAACGACACGACCAAAACCGAGGCUACGUCCAUGACUGAAGGCCACAACGAUGAAAAGCGCGAAUCACCUGCCAACUCCCUAGGAAAGGAACAGGAAGAAGAUGACUCUGUCGAGGCCGAAAUGGUUCGUCGCUCGUCCGUAGUCCAGGCUCUUGCAAGAUCCUACUCGCGUACGUCUGCUGGCGCCCUUCCUGGACAGAACCCAUUCCUCGCAGAGGAGAACUCUCCUCUGAAUCCUAAUUCACCCAAUUUCAGUGGUCGUGAGUGGGCCAAGGCCGUUGUCGAACUCGUGUCGCAGGACGGUAAAUCAUUCCGGUCCUCCGGUGUUUGCUUUCAGAACCUCAACGUUCACGGUUUCGGUGCUGCAACCGAUUAUCAAAAAGAUGUCGCCAAUGUCUGGCUCUCAGCUGCUGGUGUUGCUCGACAGCUAACAGGCAGCGGCAAACAGCGCAUUGACAUUCUGCGCAACUUUGAUGGUCUCGUUCGUAAAGGCGAGAUGCUGGUUGUCCUGGGACCGCCUGGAUCUGGCUGCUCCACCUUCCUCAAGACUAUCGCCGGUGAAACCAACGGCAUCUUCGUUCAGGACGAUUCCUAUUUCAAUUAUCAAGGUAUUUCUGCCAAAGAAAUGCACACCAAUCACCGUGGUGAGGCAAUCUACACUGCGGAAGUCGAUGUCCACUUCCCCCAGUUGUCCGUUGGUGAUACCCUCACCUUUGCGGCUCGAGCCAGACAACCACGCCAGCUGCCCGAGGGCCUCAACAAGAAUGAAUUUGCCAAUCACCUUCGCGAUGUCGUCAUGGCCAUGUUCGGCAUUUCUCACACCAUUAACACCCGUGUCGGUAAUGAGUAUGUACGCGGUGUAUCUGGUGGUGAGCGAAAGCGAGUGACCAUCUCCGAGGCUGCUCUCUCUGGCGCUCCGCUCCAAUGUUGGGACAACUCGACUCGAGGUCUUGAUUCCGCCAACGCCAUUGAGUUCUGUCGUACCCUUCGUUUGCAGACUGAACUUUUCAGCAGCACUGCUUGUGUGUCCAUCUAUCAGGCACCUCAGAGUGCUUACGAUCUCUUCGACAAGGCUGUUGUCUUGUACGAGGGCCGACAAAUCUUUUUCGGUCGUGCUGAUGAAGCAAAGCAAUACUUCAUCAACCUCGGGUUUGAAUGUCCCGCUCGCCAGACCACUCCCGAUUUCCUUACGUCCAUGACUUCCUCUCUGGAGCGUAUCGUUCGUCCCGGUUUCGAGGGCAAGGCGCCUCGCACACCUGACGAGUUUGCCGCUGCUUGGAAGAACAGCGCCGAAUACAAGGCUCUUCAGGCGGAAAUAGAAGAGUACAAGCAAGCCCACCCCGUUGGAGGUCCCGAUGCUGAGGUUUUCCGUGCCUCGAAGCGUGCACAACAGGCAAAAGGUCAACGCAAAAAGUCCCCUUUUACACUGUCUUACGUGGAGCAGAUCAAGCUUUGCUUGUGGCGUGGAUGGAAGCGCCUGACUGGCGACCCAAGCUUAACUGUUGGUGCGCUGAUUGGAAACUUCAUUAUGGCUCUCAUCAUUGGCAGUGUCUUCUACAACCUCAAUGAUACUUCUUCGAGCUUCUUCCAACGAGGCGCAUUGCUCUUCUUUGCUUGUCUAAUGAACGCUUUCGCAUCUGCUCUUGAGAUUCUUACGCUUUACGCACAACGACCCAUCGUGGAAAAGCACUCUCGUUACGCGCUCUAUCAUCCCUCAGCUGAAGCUAUCUCUUCCAUGAUUUGCGAUUUGCCAUACAAGGUCGUAAACUCCAUCAUUUUUAACAUCACCCUGUACUUCAUGACCAAUCUCCGAAGGGAACCUGGUGCUUUCUUCUUCUUCUUACUCAUCAGUUUCGCAACGGUCAUGGUCAUGUCCAUGAUUUUCCGAACGAUUGGUUCCGCCUCCCGAACCUUGUUCCAAGCUUUGGUGCCCGCUGCUAUUCUUAUCCUUGAUCUCGUCAUUUUCACUGGGUUUGUCUUGCCAAAGCAGUAUAUGCUGGGGUGGUGUCGCUGGUUGAGCUACAUCGAUCCCCUUGGCUAUGCCUUUGAGGCUCUCAUGGUCAACGAAUUCCACAAUCGCGAUUUCCCAUGCACCGAUUUUGUGCCGACCGCUAACCCUCCUAUUCCUGGAGUUUCCAGCCUGCUCAGUAAAUAUGCCAAUGUUAGUCCCGAGAACCAAAUCUGUUCGCAGGUUGGUUCCGUGGCCGGAGAUCCAAACGUCAACGGCGACCUCUAUGUCAGCUCUAACUUUGAUUACGAUUGGAGCCAUCGCUGGCGCAACUUUGGCAUUGUGAUAGCCUUCACAGUUUUCUUCCUCAUUUGCUACAUGGUUGCUGCUGAGUUUGUCUCUGAGAAGAAGUCUAAAGGUGAAGUCUUGGUGUACCGCCGAGGACACAAACCUGCUGCCGCAACGGAAGCCGAAAAACGACAUCAUGACCCAGAAGCUGCCAUGGCUAACAUUGGACCUAUCGUCACCGCCGAGAGGAGCCGGGGCCAAAGUAAGGAAGGCGGUAUUCUUCAGCAACAGACUUCCGUUUUCCAAUGGCACGAUGUUUGCUACGAGGUCAAAAUCAAGAGCGAGACGCGAAGAAUCCUGGACCACGUCGAUGGAUGGGUUAAACCUGGAACUUUGACCGCUCUUAUGGGAGUUUCUGGUGCCGGCAAGACUACCCUUCUGGAUUGCUUGGCUGAUCGAACCGCCAUGGGUGUCAUUACCGGCGAGAUGCUUGUUGAUGGACGGCCACGCGACAUGUCCUUCCAGCGUAAGACUGGCUACGUUCAGCAACAAGAUUUGCACCUGCAGACUACAACUGUUCGCGAGGCGCUCAACUUUAGUGCCCUUCUUCGUCAACCCGCCCAUGUUCCUAAAGAAGAGAAAUUGGCUUACGUUGAGGAAGUUAUCAAGCUCCUGGAUAUGUCCGAAUAUGCUGAUGCUGUGGUCGGUGUCCCAGGCGAGGGCCUAAACGUUGAACAACGCAAGCGAUUAACCAUUGGCGUUGAACUUGCUGCUAAGCCUCCUCUGUUGCUCUUCGUUGAUGAGCCCACCUCCGGUCUCGACUCCCAAACCUCUUGGGCUAUUCUGGAUCUUCUGGAGAAGCUCACCAAGGCUGGACAAGCUGUUCUGUGCACCAUCCAUCAACCUUCUGCUAUGCUCUUCCAGCGCUUCGACCGACUUCUCUUCUUGGCAAAGGGAGGCAAGACUGUGUACUUUGGCGAAAUUGGCGAGAACUCCAGCACAAUGACCAGCUACUUCGAGCGUAAUGGUGGACACCCUUGCCCCGAGGCUGCCAACCCUGCUGAAUGGAUGUUGGAGGUCAUUGGAGCUGCUCCUGGAUCAUCCACGGACAUCGACUGGUUUCAGACUUGGCGGGAUAGUGCCGAAUACAAGUCUGUCCAGGAUGAGCUCGAGACUAUCAAGGCAGAGAAGCAAGCUAGCACCCCGAUCAACUCGAUUGAGGAGGACCCUGGCAGCUACCGAGAAUUUGCAGCCCCGUUCAUGGUGCAGCUCAAGGAGAACCUCCACCGUGUCUUCCAGCAAUACUGGCGCACUCCGGUGUAUAUUUAUGCCAAGACUGCCCUCUGCACACUCGUCGCCCUGUUUAUCGGAUUCAUCUUCUUCAAGGCUCCCAACACCAGACAAGGUCUCCAAAACCAGAUGUUCUCAAUCUUCCAGCUCCUUACCGUCUUUGGUCAAAUUGUGCAGCAAUCUAUGCCCCAGUUUAUUAUUCAACGAUCUUUGUACGAGGCUCGUGAACGUCCCUCUAAGGUUUACUCCUGGAAGGUCUUCAUGCUGUCUCAGAUUAUUGUUGAACUUCCCUGGAACUCUCUGAUGGCUGUUAUUAUGUACUUUUGUUGGUAUUACCCCGUUGGUCUGUACCGUAAUGCUGUUGUCGACGACGCGGUUGCUGAGCGAGGCGCGCUCAUGUUCUUGUUCUUGCUCAUGUUCAUGCUCUUCACUGGUACUUUCUCAACAUUCAUUGUUGCCGGAUUUGAGACUGCCGAAGCUGGCGGCAAUCUUGCCAACUUGCUGUUCACUCUCUGCUUGAUUUUCUGCGGUGUGCUCGCCACCCCGGACAGCCUGCCCCGAUUCUGGAUUUUCAUGUACCGCGUCUCGCCGUUUACAUACCUCGUAUCAGGUAUGCUCUCCACGGGCGUAGCCAAUACUGCCGUCAUUUGCGCAAACAACGAACUGCUCCAUUUCGAGCCGCCUUCCAAUCAAACAUGCUGGCAAUAUAUGGAAGACUACAUCAACGUCAUGGGAGGUAAACUUCAGAAUCCCAACGCCACGUCGACUUGCGAGUUCUGUACCAUUGCAGACACCAACACCUUCCUCGCGGGCGUCAGCAGCAGCUACAGCGACCGCUGGCGCAACUUCGGUCUCCUCUGGGUCUUUGUCUUUUUCAACAUUGCCGCCGCCCUGUUUGUAUACUGGCUCGCUCGUGUGCCCAAGAACAAGCUCGGCGGUAAGAAGGCCAAGAAGGAGUAA